GUCGAAAGACUGUCAUACAGUAAAUUGAAUUCAAUGGAGACGGUUUUACAGUGGAGCGAAAUUAAUUAUAAUGGCUCCAAUACGUUACAGUCUUCAUUAUGAAGAUUAUUCGGAACACUUAAUGUCCAGAUUUGGUAAAUUGCUACAAUUGCAAUCCUUAGUGGACAUGACACUAAUGUGUAGUUCACACACUUUGCGUGUUCACAAAGCGGUUCUUGCGGCCAGUAGUGCUUAUUUUCAGGAAGUUCUGCAGAAACAGAGUGGUGAGCCGUUGAUCAUAUUGAAAAUGAGAUUUAGCGUUCUCAAAUCGCUUGUAGAGUUUAUGUAUUGUGGAAAAACUCAAUGCUUGGAAGAAAACUUAGAUGAACUAGUUUCGGCAGCACAAUUUCUAAAAAUUAAGGGUCUUUCGAAGGUAACGAAAGAAGGACUGGGCAUAAAUAAUCAUAGCGAGCUCCCGGUAUUCACGCCUCCUGUUGUCAUCAAUCGCCCGCCACAGUCUCUAAUAGAUAUGCAUACACAGGAUAGCAGUGACCCCAAGCACCUUUCUACGCCUAACACCGGUCAGCCAGUGGACAAUAUGGGACGCCCGAACAAGGACAUGGUGGUUCGCAUACCGUUUGACAUCGAGAACGGCAGCAAUGCCCCGGGCGGCAUGGACUAUGGCGACACCCCGCGCUCGAUCAAGCCGCGCCGAGGUCGGCCCAGUGUGAGACGCACUGGGGGCUGGGAGAGUUCCGGGCCGCUGGGCCGCGCCGCCGAGCGCGCCCUGCUGCGCCGCGAGCAGGACUCGCGCAAAGCCAUCCACCAGCUCAAGCAUUUGCAGACGAGACACAUGCAGGACUACAUGGACAGGGUGACGCUUUCCCAGGCGGUUAACAGCAUCUGCGGCCCUGAGUCCACCAGCGCUCACAACUACAUGGGCGUCGACAACGACCUCAUGUACAUGGACCAAACUGUCUCCUCCAACGUUCUAGAUCCUGCCAUCUCGUACCCUGAAGAACACCCCAUGCGGUCAGAGGGAAUCUCUUCCUACGUCAACACUACGACCACAAGCGCUGCCAAUGAUUCCAACAGCAACAUCAGUAAUGCCAUGUCCCAAUACGUUGAUGCCUUAAAAAGCGCUGGGCUUCCCACGGAUCUGCCCAUACUCUUCGAAUCCGGGGACGGGUCCUAUAUCAACGUCAACGAACAAGUUCUUCUUGACAUGGUGCAGAGCAGCGAGAUACAAUAUGAAGUUAUCGAACAGCCUAACAUCAUUGAAAAGGUUGCGGAUCCGAGCGAAAUCAAAAGCAUUGACGAUUUGUCCAAGUCAAUAGAAAGAGGAGAGUUGAUGUCCGGAAAUAAGAGUUAUUCGGGAGCCGAGUUUGACAAAGAUGCCGUACAAUUCAGCAACCACGAAGAUUCUAUAAACAGUCUGAACGCAAUUCUGCCCGAUAAUUUAGACUCGUUUGGUGACCAACAGAAUUAUGUAGUUUUAGAUCGUAUGCAGAAUAAUAAUUCUAUGGAUCAUGAUCCAUCACACGAUUUUUCGGGGAUCGAGGGAGACAUGCAAUUCUUCACGAAAUCUAUGAGUGAUGAUGUCAAGAAAUAUUACCAAGAACAACACCUCAACGAAGCGAGAGCAAUGGAGCAGCUGUGUCCUACGAGCACCGCUCUGGACACUAGUUUUAGCAUGUCCCUGCUUGACACGAAAAACUCCCACUUGGAUGAAAAUAUGAGUCAGCAAUUUAAUCUGCAAGAGGACUUAAGAAGAAACGAAGAUUGCUACGACUUCAGUCUUCAGCUACCUCAAGCCAACGACUUUAAAGAUGACGGUUUAGAUUGCCUAAUGUCUAUUCCUAAACAGAGUCUGGAUAAUAGUUCUUUCGACAUUAACGGUCAAUUAGAAAAACCUUGUCCAGGGAGAGACGAAAUUAUGAACGAUUUAAUGAAUAUUGAAAAGAAUAUGGGCAUGACAUCAAAGAAUGACGGUCCCGUGAACGAAGCUGAAAGGGAUGAAAUAGAUCACAAAGCCGAUUUUGACGGCGACGAAACUAGAGACAAUGAGGUGGCUGUUGAAAAUAGCCGGCCUCCAGAUGAUAUUACUGCCAGUAUAACUUCAAGUGGCUUACAAUGGGACGAUAAUAUGGAUAUGAAUGCCCAAGAAACUGAAAAUAAUGAUGUGAAAAACAGCGAUUCAAAAACCAAUGAUAAUCAUGAACCAGAAUCCGGAUAUAAUGAUGCAGUUAUUGAUCUCACCGCACCGUCGACAUCUGAAUGGGAUGAUAAGAAUAAAAUCGACAUGAAUAAAGAAAAUGAACCCAGCAAUGAGUCUACAAUAGAUUCCACGUUAGAUGAUGACAUUCCGUACGCUGUGGGUCUCCUGCCUUUGAAGCAUGUGCAGCCUAUAGAAGACAGCACGUUAAAACGAAAAUCUUUGGAUGGAAAUUUGUCCCUUAAUGUGGAUGCCAGCUGUUUAAAACGUAAAGUAAAAUAUAAGAAACUACAAUAAUUAUAUUUAGUUUUUAGAUGAAUACAUA